AUGGGAAACUUUUGCCAGAAGCACUGUGCCUGUUUGGAGCCCUACAUCCCGUGCUUGUUCUCAGGGAGAGAUGGUGAGCAGGAUGAGAAAGUUGGCCAAGUCUUCGCCAACCUUGCUGUGGUAAGGCAUGACUUCCAAGCAGGACAGAAAGAUGCAGCAAGUAAGAUAAAAGAGAAACCUUUACCUCCACUGCCUGGCCAGCAUCUGGUGAAUAUUUGCAAAUUUGUGGCACUCUUCGAUUAUGAGGCUCGCACAGAGGAGGACUUGAGCUUCCGAGCCGGGGAUAAGCUUGAAGUGCUGGAUGCAUCCAACGAGGGCUGGUGGUACGCUAGGCUCGUCCUGCCGACAGGGUCAGUCUGUCCUGGCCGCAAGCUCCAGGGCUACAUCCCUGCCAACUACAUAGCUGCUGACCAGAGCAUCGAAGCUGAGCCGUGA